AUGUCGUAACUUCUAAUGGUAUGGUUAAAUGAUGAAGUUCAAUUGAGUAAAAAGGUAAUAUCAUUUGAACAAGAUUUCAGUAAUGGAUAUUUGUUUGGUGAAUUAUUGAGCAAAUUCAAUCAGUAGCUAAAUUUUGAGGAAUUCUCAAAUAAGUAAUAAAAUAAGAUAAUAUUGAUAGAGAUGUAAGAGAGGCAAAAAUGAAAAAUUUCUAAUUGCUUGAACCAACAUUUAAGACAUUGAGAAUCUAAUUUAAUUUUUAGAUUGCUGAUUAAGUAAUUAAAGGAAAGAAAGGAGUGGCAAUGUAAUUGUUAUAUUAAUUAUAAAUGGUAAAAGAGAUUUCAUAAUUAUUUUAGUAAUUAUAAAAAGUAAAUGAUCCACAUGAUGUAAUGAUGCAUGCAAAAACAGGAAAAUAUAAUGUUAUUUAGCCAUUGAUGGUAAUAAAAUAACCAAAAGAAUAAUUUGAUAAGAUGGAGUAAGAUUUUUUUAUGUAAAAUUUAAAUGAAAGAAAUAAAGCUUAAAAAUCAGUGAAUUUAGAAAAGCAUUUAGGUAAAUUUACAACAUUUGCUAUUUAAUAAGCAGAAAAAGAGAGAAGAUUAAAAAUUAAAGAAGAAACAGAGGAAAGAAAUUUAAAAGAAGAAAUGCGUAAGAUUCAAUUAAAUAAAUUAUAAAGAAAUAUGGCAUUUAUGGAGGAUUGGAAUUAGAAAGGGAUAGAAAAUUGGAAGAAAAAUUAAUAGAUAAGACAUAAAAAUAAAGUAAAUGAUGAUAAAUUUAAAUCAACAAUUUUGAAAAUGACAGAAGAGAGAUUAGUGUAGACUUAAUAAUUUUUAAAGAAUGAAAUGGAAGAAUAGAUAGAAUAAUUUGAGAAAAGAUAAGGAGAAGAACCAGUUAGUUUAGGUUUAAGAAAUAAGAUGAUGAAUGAAUUUUUAAGAAAAGAGAGAGAUAAAAGAAGAAGAAAGAUGAUUGUUGAUUAAGAAAAGUAGACGGAUGAAUUAUAGAGAAGAGAAUAUAGUGUUGUAGAGAAAUUAAAAUAGUAAAGUAAAUAAGAAAAAGAAAUUAUGUAUGAAAUUUGGAGAGCAUUUUAAUGUAGAUAAGUCAUUUGUGAAAAUAGAAUAUUAAGAGAUGAAAAUUAUAAAAAUAAAUAGGAAUUAAAUGUUAUAAAUUAAAAAUUUAAAGAAGAAGAAAUGUUAAGAGCAUUAUAAUAAGAAUUUAGUGAAGAAGUUGAAUUAUAAUAGAAAAGAUAAUUAGAAAUUAAUGUUGAAUACAAAUUACAUACAAGAUAAUAGAAUUAUUAGAAAUGUAGAAAAUUAGUUGAAAUUCUAUUUGAAAUUGAAGAAUAAGUUUAUGAACAUUUAUAAAAUCAUGAUUCUAAUUAAAUUAAUGAAUAAUUUACUAGAGAAAAUAAUCAUUUAUUUGAAUAUGGAAUGGAUCUUAUACCAUAUAAAAGAUUUAGUACAUAUGAUCCAAUUAAAGAAAUGAAAAAAUAAGAAACACUAAAUUAUAAAUAAAAAAUAUUUCUUGCUUAAAUGGAAAUGUAAGAUUAUUUAUAAGGAACUGGAGCAUGGAAUAUUUAUUAAGCUUAGAAUAAUUAUACAUUUGGAAAUUUGGUUAGAUAUUUAAUUGAAAGUUAAUUUGAAAUUACUAAUACGGAACAUUAAGAAUUAAAUAUACCUUAUGUACCAUUUAGGGGAAGUUUGAUAGGAUUUUCAUUUAGUGGUAAAAAAACAUUAAGUGAGUUAUUAAGUAAGAAAUAUGGAAUUACAUUAUUGUGUGUUGAUGUUAUUAUAAAUGAAUUGUUGCAAUAUAUAAGUAAAUAUUAAGAAGGUUAAGAACACUCUUAAGUAUGGGAUUAAUAAUAAAUUGAAUUAGGUCAAUCGAUAUCUAAUUAUCUUUUUUAAGGUGAAAACAUUCCUGAUGAAUUAUACAUCAAAGCAAUUGUGUAGAAGAUUAAAAGAUCCUUUUCAAUAUAAACAUUUGAAGAAAUUUAUGAAGAAUAAAAAGUCAAAUCUUAAAAUCACAAUUAAAGACCAAUUAAGAAUAUUGAUGAUUUUAAUGAUGAUGGAAUUAAUUGGGAAGAUUUUCAUAGAAAUAACAUGAUUAAUAAUAAACCUUAUUGUAAAGGUUGGUUACUAGUAGGAUUUCCUUAAACUUAUGACUAAGCUAAAUUAUUAGAAAAAUAUCUAACUAAUAUACAACCAUAAGAUGAACCUACACCUUUAGAAGCGAGACUACAGGAAGCAGCUAAAAUUGUUAAACCAAAUGAAUAUCGUAUAGUUCCAAGGACUAAAUAAGAAAGUGGAGUUGGAAUUUGUGUAUAUUUGGAAAUGCCAUCAAAUGAAAUGUGUCUGAGAAGAGCAAUUGGAAGAAGAUAUGAUAAUCAUAAUCAUUCUUUAUAUCAUUUAGAUACUAAUCCUCCUCCUGUUGACAAUGCUCCUCUUAUUGAAAGAAUUAAAUCUUUAUAUGAAGUUGAUAAUCUAUAAUAAUAAAUCUCAGAUAAAAAUUCAUAUUUCAUGACAUAAAUUCAAGGACUUUAAAAUUGGUAUAACUGUUUUGAAUCAAAAUCAGGAGAAAAUAUAUAAAAUGCAUUUGUUAAUGUUGAUGCAUCUAAUAAUUAUGAAAGAGUAUUCUAUGAUGUAGAUUAAAUAUUUUAAAAUUUUCUUCAAAUUUAAAUUAAUAAUAUCUAAUAAAAAUUUGAAGAUUAAUAAAAUAAAAUUCUGGAAUAAGAAUAAUCACUCAAAUAAUAAUUAGAAUUAGAAGAAUAAGAUAAAAAAUGUCAAUUUAAAUAAGUAACAUUAGAUACAUUACCUGUAAAAUAGCCAAGCUAAACACUUCUAAAAUAUUUACAUUCUUUUUGGAAUGUGAUUGAAAACAAGUAUAUGUCUUUAUAGAUAAUAUUUAAAGGAUUUAGAGAGUAACGUGAAUUCAUUACUAAUUAUUAAAUGGAUAUUUAACGUAAAUUUAUUGAUUUGAUUAAUACUCCAGAUGAAAAGUUUUUUUUUAUUAGAAAUUUUUAAGAAUAAUAUAAUGAAUUUGUUUUAGAAAAUCCUGAUUUAUGUGAAGAAGAAGUUUGUAAAGAAGAAUUACAUUAGAGAGUUGAUGAUUUAUAUGAUCAAUUGAUAGAUAUAAUAGAUCAAAAGAGAGAUGAUUUAAUAAUAGAGAAAACACAAAUAUAAACAUCAUAAUUUAUAGAGAAUGAAAUUGAUUUAUAUCUUUAAUAAUUGAAAUAGAUGCUUGUUGUUGAAUUAGAUCGAGUAACAAAUUCAAUUUAAUUAUUAAAUGAUUAUUAUGGAACAUUAGAAGGAAUAGAAUUAUAAGAAAUAUAACCAUCUGUUGGAGAAUUACAAAUAAUUGAUGGUGAUGAUCCUUAAAUUAGAUUAGAUAAAUUGAUAGCAGAUGUUUUAAGAAUAUUUGCAGGAGAAGAAGAAAUUAUAGAAGAUAAAACAAAAAAGGGAGGUAAAUAACCAGCAAAAAAAGAGGAAAAAAAAGGAAAGAAAGGAAAAGAAGAAGAAAUAAUAAAAAAAGAGUUAUAGAAUACAGAAGGAAUAAAUGCUAUAAAUUUAGAGAAAUAAAUAUUUAAAGAAAGAGUAGAUGUAAUAAGAAGAUAUGCAUCUUAAACAAUUAGAUAAUAUAAAUAAUCUGCUGAUCUUUUAUAUACUAAAUUAGAUGAAUGGAUUCAUUAUACUUAUUUAACUGAAAUAAAAGCUUUAGAUGCAAUUUCUAAUUUAUUUAGAGGAUUUAUAGAAAGAGGUGAAAGAAUUUAAAAAGAACUCCAAUUAUAAUUUGUAGAUGUUAUUAUAAGUCAUGAAGUUUUAAAUUUUUUAACACCUAUUCCUCCUCCUCUUGCAGCUAGAGAACCAAUCUCUAAAGAUAGAUUUUCAAUAUCUCAAUUAUAUUAUUUAAUUGAAGACUUAAGAGCCAUAACUAAUACUCAUUUACUUAUAGAUAUUAAAUAAUUAGCAUUACUCUUGGCAAGAUCAUCAUAUGAAGUAAUUAAAUUAACACCUGCUUAAUGGAUGAAAGCUCUCAAAGUAUUGGAUUAAAAUGGGUAUUAAACCUUAUCUUAUCUCUUAUAGUUACGUUAAUGUUAGAUAAAUUUGUACUUAUUUGAUCUUACUCUAAUCACCAACUCCAAAAGAGGAGGAAUUAUCAAUUUAUUAAACAUAAUUAAAUGGACUUUUGAUUAAUAAAGAUAAUUUUGUUAACACUCCAGCUUGGUUUGAUGAAUUUGAAAAAGUAUCAGAAGAAGAAAGUAUUCAAAUCAAAUUUAUUAUCUAGACACUAACUAUUUUGAUAGAAUUAUUUACAUCAAAGAACUUUUAUUCUUUGUUCAUAAAGAUGAAAAUGAUUAAUUAGCCACAAAAUACUAUUUGGAUAUUUUAAAUGUUAAAGGAGAUAGAUUCAUUGACUUUUUGUUUUAAAAUCUUCAAGAAUUGUGA